CGAGGCAAAAAUGUCGUUGGCUGACAUGUACAACAGCCGCAUUCGGCCUAUGCUUGAUGCAAUCGACAAAUUGCGCAGUCUUGGAGUGAAGGAUGAAGGUAUCAAGCUCCCGACGAUCGUUGUUGUUGGUGACCAAUCGAGCGGAAAGACAUCUGUACUAGAAUCUCUAUCAGCCGUUACCUUGCCACGUGGACGAGGAAUCUGCACUCGUGUUCCUCUCAUCCUUCGACUGCAGUCAGUGUACCAUGAAGAUUUUGACGAAGAGGAAGCAAAUCUGGACUUGGAUGCUGAAGGAGAUUGUGACAGAUCGGCGAAACCUGACUUGAGCAUCGAGGAAGAUUCAGCUGCGGAGGAGAGUGGACUGUUGCGCAGUGGUUCUGCUGUGCUGUGCAGGAGCAAAAAUAUCACCACUUUGAAAAAAAGUUGUAAGGUGGUGAUAGAAUAUGGGGAUGUAUGCAAAGAAGUGAGUGAGUCCAUGAUCGAGUCUGCAGUGCGGGAGGCGACAAACUUGCUGGCAGGAACUGGGAAAGACAUCAAGGACUCGCCGAUCUCGAUGACAGUGACUCGUUCAGGUGCACCUGACCUAACGCUUGUCGAUUUGCCUGGUAUCACAAGGGUUCCCAUCGAGGAUCAGCCCCGCGAUAUCUAUGAACAAGUCACAAAAAUGAUUAGACACUACAUCGAACCAGAGGAGAGUAUCAUAUUGAAUGUCAUAUCGGCAGCUGUUGACUUCUCCACCUGUGAAUCAAUUCGCAUGUCACAGGAGGUGGACAAGACGGGCGAGAGAACGCUGGCUGUUGUGACAAAGGUAGAUCGUGCAGCGGAUGGGCUCUACGAGAGGAUAAAAGAGAAUGCUGUUCAUGUGGGGUUGGGGUUCGUACUCGUGCGAAAUCGCACAGAAACUGAUCGGUCAUACGAAGAUGCGCGGCGUAAGGAGGAGCUAUUCUUUGAGAAGAACUCGUCACUGGCUCCUCUUCGGGAGAAAGGCAUGCUGGGUGUUGCUGCGCUUGCUGAGAAACUGACGACGAUCCAGGGGGAGAGGGUGGCACGUUCGUUGCCGAAAAUCCGGCAGCAGCUCGGGGAGCUGCUAGCAGAGCGCACAGGGGAGCUGGCCAGGCUGCCACGUGGCAUUUCGUCGGAGGCUGAGGCAGGGUCACUGUUGUUUUCCCUAGUUAGCUCAAAAACUGAGAUAUUGCAGAGGCUCAUGAUCCAGGGGGAUUACAGAGAGGAGAACAAAUCCCUGCACUUUGCUGCAAGGAUUUACAGUAUGCUGUCCCGUUUUGAUGAAGAGUUGUCCAACGUGGCAUCGGAUUUUGCAAGUGCUGACUACCGGAAGCGUGUGCUUGACGUUAUGGAGUGUGCAAGGGGCGUAUGUCUACCAAACUUCAUGUCAAACCCGGUCUUUCAGCGGCUCGUGCGAGAGGAAGUAGCCAAGUGCACCAAGGUUUGUGAAGGAAUCAUUCCUGUUAUUUGCAAGUAUGCGGAGAGUGUUGCUCUGUUUGCCAACGAGGCAGCAAUGGGGACAUAUCCAUUCCUGUGUGAGCGAGCAAGGACGGUAACAUUGGAGGUGCUGGAAGAUGUUGAAGAUAGCUGCCUUACUUUCGUUCGGCGGAUGCUUGUCAAAGCGGCAGACAUAAUAUAUGUCAGUGACAAGCAAUAUGCUGAGAUGAUGAACAAGGCUCGGUCGAUAAUCCCCUCUGCCCCGGCCAAUGCCGAGGUCCAGUCUGCUCGAGAGAUGCAGGUAAGCUUGUGGUCUUACUGGCAGAUCUUGCACAGGCGGUUGGCAGACGAGAUACCGAUUGAACUGAAGUACGCAGUCCAGGAAGCAUUACUCAGAGAGGUGGACCGACGACUUUUGCAUUUUGCAGGGAGCGAUCGUGAACAACUGAUGGAACUGAUGCAGGAAGCACCAGCGACAUACCGAAGGAGAGAGGGCCUGAGAAGGAGCAUUCGGAUGCUGAAGCAUGGAGUGGAGCUAGUCUUCGCACUGCCACAGUGGUCUACUUCGACGGGCCCUUCCCCCCUCUUUGGUGGAAGAUCGGAUGUGAGGGCGGACACUGAUCGACUUCAUCCAAGUGGGCCUCUUGGGAAUGCCUCUGAGGGUGUGGCUGUGGCUACCACAUCAAAAGCACCUGGAUAUGUCCCCGAAGCAGACAGUGGAAACGGGACAGAAAGUGCCAACGGAACCCAUAUGGCUGCUGCCCUCAUUGGAACUGGUGGUCGGCUGAUGAUGGGCCUUCUGCCGCGAGGGUUCCAGAAGUCUCGACUCCCUGCAGGCAAUUCGGCAACAGACUUCUCGCUGAAUGGAGACGGGCUAAAUAGCAGCAAAGUGCCUUGUGCUAGUAGAAGUUCUGCGAUGGCUGGCCCAGAUUACAGCAUGGGAAGCAUGCCAGUUGGCGGCAACAACGGCCGUAUCUUCUUCGAUGCACAUUGCCAUCUACAAGACGUUCGACUAGGUGGUUGCUUGGAUGAUGUUCUCUCUGAAGCUAGAGUUGCGGGCGUGCGAUGGUUUGCCGUAAAUGCGACAACCGAGGAGGAUUGGAGGGAUGUGAAAGCCUUGGCAGAUAAGCAUCCUGAGUCAGUUGCUCCUUGCUUUGGCCUUCAUCCACUGUUUCUGAGUUCACGGUCAUGCCAGUGGAUGCCGAAGCUCGAAAGCAUGCUUCGUGAAACUCCUAGUGCAGCUGUCGGUGAGAUUGGUCUAGACAAACGACCAAUUUGCGAUGUGGACUUUGACACACAGGUGGAGGUUAUGAAAGCACAGCUGCAGCUUGCAAAGGAGAUCGGUCGACCUGUGUCAGUUCACUGUGUUCGAGCUUAUGGGGAUCUUCUUCGGAUCGUUAAAGAGAUGGGUGAGUUCCAGGCAGGACUGAUUCUGCAUUCUUAUAUGGGUUCUGCAGAAAUGGUGGGCCCCUUCUCCUCUCUUGGUGCAUAUUUUUCCUUCUCAGGCUUCAUUGGGGGCCUUCAGGCAAAGAAAGCUGAGAAGAUGCUGCAACGAGUGCCGUUGGAUCGCCUUCUUCUCGAAACGGAUUGUCCAGACGCACUGCCAUAUGUAGAUCUAGGUCUCCUGCAAUGGGUUCCGAAUGAUCCCAAUGGGUUGCGUCAAGGCCAGAGUCAUGGGGCGGGUUCAAAUGUGUCAUCGUCGAAAGGGUCUAUGGGCGGCAGCACCGUUGGGGGUGACGGAGAUGGUUCAGGCAAACCUGCAUUCCCGAAAGGUGCUCUCAAUCAUCCGGCCAACAUAACCCAGGUGCUGACCCUGGUUGCACGUCUCGCUGGAAAAACUGAGCAGGAAAUUGCUGAAGCUGCAUGCCGAAAUGCGCUGCGAUUAUUCUCCUACGAAGGGUCAAGGAUUGCCGGCGAGUUACCGGCUUAAAAUCGGGUGUCGAGUCUGGCGACAAAGUAAACCUGAGCUCAUUGGCACUCUAAUGAGGCGCUUGGGAAGGGUGGGUGUCAAAGGGGACCUUGAGGAAGUUCUCAGGUCUUGUGAAAUGCAUGCCGAUUGAGACACAGCAUAAUUUCCAGUCUAGGUAUGCCAAACCUAAACCACAGCAGCAAUUCCAGCCUGGGUACAGCAGAUCCUAAAGUCUGUAUCUACCCAGGCUGAUAUUGCUGCUGUGGUUCAGGUCUGGUGUACCUAGGCUGGAAUUCCUGGAGGUAUUCGGGGAACAACAACUGUGUACAGGAUGUUGGAAAGUUGCACUUAUUGGAAAGGAAGGAUUUCAUGUACGGACCUCCACCCUCGCGCACUGAGCCCCCAGGCUUGCUGGUAGUCAGGGUUGCCUUUUGCAGGAUGGAAGGGUCAGGCAAUCGCGCAUGGCUAGGUGUAGUUUGUCAAGGUAGGUUGAUAUGGGAAGGAGUGAGAAGUUUGCAGAAUAAGUCCAUGAAUUGGUAUCCCAUUGAGGCCAUACGAUUGCCUUUUGCAGUAAGGAAGGGUCAGCAAUUGUGCAUGGCUAGGUGUAGUUUGUGAAGGUAGAUUGAUAUGGGAAGGAGUGAGAAGUUUGCAGAAUAAGUGCAUGGAUUGGUAUCCCAUUGAGGCCAUACUCUUGCUUGCAACCAAGAUUCCCUUUCACAAAGAGAGGGCUUAAUAGCCCUGUCUGUGUAGGGCACUGUAGGCAUAUAGUCUCACAUGGCUAUGUGUCAAUGGGGAACAUUGGGCACAUAGUUUCGCACGGAAAAUCAUUGGGGAGCAUUUCCUGGAAUUAAUGAUUCAUGUGUUUGAGCUCUUAAGCAAGGACCCAUGUUUCAGCGUGAAGGGACUUGAUGUCGGGAACUCGAGGAUAAGCGGUGUGCUUGUAGCUGAAGAGAUGGUGCUUGAUGUCAUUCCUAUUCAGGUUUUUGCCUAAGUUUCGGGUAUGGAAAUAAGGUCUCAGGUUGCGACUCUCGGUAUUCAAUAGUUGUUUGGUGUCAUUCGUACUCAGACUUUGGGCCCAUAUCCAAAUCGUUGUUUGGUGUCAUUGCUACUCAGACUCUGGGCCCAUAUAAAUUGGGCGCAGACUUCGGACCCAGACUUCGGGCCCGUAUAAGUUAGGCCCAGACUCUGGGCGCAAAUUUGGGUAUGGAAACGAGGUCAUGGUGCGGUCGUGGUACGUAAACAGUUGCCCGGAACGGGUUGGUGUCAUUGCUAUUCUUUUUAACUUCGGGUAAAUUUCACGUAUGGAAACAAGGUCCCAGCAUAGUCUCAGUAUGACAACGGUUUCCAUGUAAGUUUGUGUUUAUGACAUACUUUAUGUAGAUGGCAUGACAUGACAGUAGAUGUAGACGCUACUAGGCAGGUUCAUGGAAUGCUUUCUAUGGUCGUCACAAGUCAGCAUGCCAUGGACAGCACGUUAGCAAGCUUCACAGAGUCAACGGCAGAGAGUAGUAGCCAUAACAGCAUGAUUUUUCUUAUCAUUUGAUCUUCUUUCUCAGUGGAUUCAUGCUACGUCUCUAUCUCCCAAGUCUGUGUGGUCGACUCUGUUAUUCGGGUUCACCUCAGGUCAGUUCUCAAUCAUAAGUUUCUGUGUACUGGUUUUAUCUUUACUGAAAUUCAGGAUUGUGUAUCAGUACAUGUUCCUCUGUCUACCCUGCAAGGAAUCGAACUGUCGAUCUCUGGCUCAACAGCCGGAUACCUCAACCACUGCAGCUGUGAUAUUCAGGAUUGUGGUUUUUCUUCUGGUGGUUUGUAUUGGUGACCCUGGUUUGACUUUGACUGCUUGAGAACUUGGUGCAUGCAAAAGGUCUUCGUGCGAGUAGAACGUAGUCCUUUUCACCGCAUCUAGACUGAAAGUUGGCCGAAAUACAGCUGUAAUGACCUGGCGUUCUAUUCAGGGAAAGACAGUAGUCUACCAAUAUUGUGAACACUGUC